AACUCCUUGAUUUCGAGUAGGAGAUCCAGCAAAAGGGGGCGACCGCCACCGAUGGCGAAGAAGGCGAAGAGGACUACGCUGGCGGAUAACGCUGGUAGGCGCGACGGCGGAUUCCCCUGGUCGACGACGGUCCUGACGGCGCCGACGGCCGGGGCGGUGGCCCUGUUCGCACUCCUGGUGCGCGUGAUGGUCUCGGUGGGGCCUUACUCCGGCGAGGGGACGCCGCCCAAGUACGGCGACUACGAGGCGCAGCGGCACUGGAUGGAGAUCACCCUCCACACACCGGCCUCGGAGUGGUACCGCAACACCUCCGCCAACGACCUCGCCUACUGGGGCCUCGACUACCCCCCCCUCACCGCAUACCAGAGCCUCGCCCACGCCCUGCUUCUCAACGCCUCCCUCCCCGCCGCCCUUGCCCUCUCCCUUUCUCGCGGUUUCGAGUCCCCGGCCUUGAAGCUGCUGAUGAGGUGGACGGUGCUGUCAUCGGACUUUCUCGUCUUCUUUCCGGCUGCUCUCUACUUUGUUUGGGUUUACUGUCGUCGCGGUGUCGGUGGUGAUAAAGAAGGAGGGUCGGCGCCAUGGCUGCUCGCCAUGAUUCUGCUCAACCCUUGUUUGAUCCUCAUUGAUCACGGCCAUUUCCAGUAUAAUUGCAUCAGCCUUGGAUUAACACUCGGAGCCAUCGCUGCUGUCUUGUCGGAGAAUGAGCUUGUUGCCUCUGCCCUCUUCAGUCUUGCCAUCAAUCACAAACAGAUGAGUUUAUAUUUCGCACCAGCAUUUUUCAGCCAUCUUCUGGGAAAAUGCCUUAGGCGUCAGAAUCCAAUUUUUGAAGUCAUGAAACUGGGCUUAGUGGUCAUGGGAACAUUUGCACUUGUUUGGCAGCCUUAUUUAUAUUCUCUGGAAGCAGUGAUGGAGGUUCUUUCUCGAUUAGCCCCCUUUGAGAGAGGAAUAUAUGAAGAUUAUGUCGCCAACUUUUGGUGUAGCACCUCGAUUUUCAUUAAGUGGAAGAGACUGUUCACAACACAGUCAAUGAAGUUUCUUAGUUUCAUCACCACUAUCUCAGCAUUCCUGCCCUCAUUUAUUCAGCAAGUAAAGGCUCCAAGCGAUCGUGGUUUCCUUUAUGCUUUGCUUAAUAGUUCAUUUUCCUUCUACCUGUUCUCUUACCAAGUGCACGAGAAGUCAAUUCUGCUGCCUCUUUUACCUGCAAGCCUUUUAGCACUUGAAGAGCCUCUACUGUUUGGGUGGUUGAUGUAUUAUGCCCUGCUUUCCAUGUACCCUCUUCUUUGCCGUGAUCGUUUAAUAUUGCAAUACGUUUCUGUUCUUGCUCUCUUUGGUUUUAUUUUCUACUCACCUGAUGGAAGAAGUGGGAUGAGAGCAAACAGUUUCUCUAUCAGAAAGAGAGCACUUAUGAUCUUGCCAUUGUUGUGCUCCUUUAUACUCCAUGUGAUUUACUUAAGUUUGCGACCGCCAGAAAAGUAUCCUUUCCUCUUUGAGGCCAUGAUUGUGUUUCUUUGCUUCUCUCAGUUUGUGAUAUUAACUUUUUACACCAAUACCAAGCAAUUGAUGUUACUGGACUGCUCUACUUGGACAGAGAGAGGAAAAAAGGAUCUUUGAUCAUGAAAUUUAAGCAAAUAUUAUGCAUGUAUGAUGCCUUUUUCAGCCUGUAGUUGUUAUUUUAAACUAUGAAUGGAUUGGAUCUUCUUUAAUGUGAUUGAAACUGAUAUGUCUGUGUGUGCGCUUGA